AUGCUUCAAUCUGCAGCCCACUCCAGCUGGUUUGAAGAUAAUCUUCGCUGCACACAGACUACAUUCUUGCGGAUUGCAAGUUUCUUAGCGCAACAUGGAGUUCUUUUCGCGUCAGCAAAAGUCAAGCAGCAUUCGUAUAAUAAGAAGGUGGCUGCUUCGUUGUAUUUCUUGGGAUCUUCCGGUGGUUAUCGUGAGACGGGUGCUGCAAUGGGGAUGUCGCGAAGUUACGUCAUGGAGAUUACGAGUGAAGUAGUACGUGUGCUGAAAAUCGUGGCACCCCAAGUUAUCUCGUUCCCUAGUAAUCGAGAGGAGUGGAAUGCUGUCGAGGCUGGGUUUGCAUCCAAGCACGGUUAUCCUGGUAUUGCUGGCGCGAUUGAUGGUUCCUUAAUCGAGAUAGAGCGCCCUGAUAAUUUUGAUGGUUUCUACUGUCGUAAGGCAUAUCCUGCCUUAAACAUGCAAGCUAUUGUGACAUCGGACGGCUUUUUUUUAAGUGUGGACGUGAGACCUGGCUCCUGGUCGGACAGUAAAUGCUGGCAAUAUAGUACUAUUGGCCGCUCAGUUGGCAAUGUACUACCCGCUGGCAAACAUUUUAUUGGGGAUGCUGGUUACGCACUGCUUCCGUGGCUUAUCGUUCCCUAUUGUGAACGUGAGGAGGGUGGGCGACUAUCACAGCAGCAAAAGCAGUUCAAUUUCUUGCACUCGAGUACCCGCAUGGCAGUGGAGUGCACAUUCGGUCGCUGGAAAGGAAGAUUUAGAAUGUUGCAAUGUGCUUUGAGCCAGGAAACAGCACGGCGCUCUGCAAAUUUCGUUGUUGCUACAGUUGUUCUCCAUAAUCUGAUGAAGAUUUAUCGAGAUAGUGCCCAAUUCCCGCUGUUUCGUGAGCGUGGGAAUGAAAAUGCUGCCGCAGACGAUGACAUUCCCUCGAUAAAUUUGCGCAAUAUUGGACUUUUAAAGCGAAAUGCUAUUGCCAAGAUUAUUUGCCGGAGCUAG